AUGGAUGAAAUAGUCAGUUCUGGUGAAUUAUUAGUAUUUGACUGUCAUUUAGUAGACAUUGGAGAGCUUGAAAAAGACAAUAAGCCUCCAAAGGACUUGGCUCUUCGAGGAAUAAAUUGUGAAGCUAUUGUUAAAACUGAGACAACUUAUAACCAAGCGAGCCCUACCAAUGGCAAAUUUCAUGCCGGGAGACCUCAAAACAAGAUUUUUCCAGGGAAAUGCAUGGUAUUAAAUGAUAGAAGCUCCAAGAUUGAUGACGCAAAAUUAAGUUGGACAGUCUCUGCAAAUAAGCCUAGACGUUUUGCCCAUGAAAUCUUGUCCAGUCUCCGAAAAUCCACAUCUCAGGAGAAUAUUGUUGCAGUGAAAAGAGCAUUGGUGGAGGAGAUCGAUGAGUCACAAGCUUCAGAUGUCAUUCAUUCUAAUAUCAAGAACCAGUUACAAGAACAAUCACACGGAUGCAAUGGAAGUGUGCUAAAGGAAUUGAAUAGAAAAACAAUCUCAGUUCAUGAUUGUAGCGCUGAAAAUUUUAAAUCUGAAGCUAUUAAUGAAGACCUUCCCAUUGGUGCUGAAAAAAUGGGAGAUGAUGACAAAAGAGGAGAAUCUCAAACUAGGACAGUCAGGUCCCAUCUCAGGUCAGGAACAACAAACUGUUCAACUGCCAUCCUUAGUUUAGAAGGCACUGAUUUCAUUGAGUCGACAUCAGUUUCUCCAGCCGUGGAGUCACAGGAAUUGGCUGCUUUGGUGCUAGAUAUUGAGGACCAAACACCAUUUGGAUAG